AUGUUGCGCCGGAUAGUCUCCUUAGGUCGCCAGCAGGGCUCUGAGGGCCCCGAUUCUAUGUCGCCGUCUCCGGGAGAUGCUGCCCAGUCCCCCGAUGCUAGGGGCGCCGGGGGCCUUGCGAGUGUCUUCAAAGGCCUAACUGGCUCGAAGUUGACCAAGUCUCCGACUCCUCCUUCACAAGCUCCCUCGACCGUAUCAGCCUCUGGCCAAGUCGAUGUCUCCGCACCAACCGUGAGCGGCCUACCCCCGAAUCAUAUAGCGUCCUUCGAACAGCUGAAGAAUGGGUCACUUACCGAGAGGGUCGCCGCCGCUCAGUCACUUCGUUUGGCUAUUGCCGAUUAUCCUCUCAACCCGGUUCUCGAUAUUUGGUACGCCGCGAAGGAUUUGAUUGAGCAAGCAAAGCCAACGGAUGCGAGGAUAGCUGGGUGGGAGUUACUCACCGAAUGCGUCAAGAAUGCUUCCUCGACUGACCUCGAGCGGAACGAAUACUUUCAGACUCUCUCUGCGACUGCCAAUCCUGACGACUUCCAUCUGCAACUUGCAGCUCUGGUCGACCUAACAAAUCAUGGGCGGGAUUUGUCCGGCUUCGAUUACGAUGUCAUUCCUCUGAUAACGUCUUGGCUCCAGGCAUCUUACAAUGCCGUGAGAACCGCCAGGAGACAGACUUCCCGCAGUGCUAGCAAGUCAACUAAGGGAAAGGCUGCGGUCUUCGGCGAGGACAAGAAUUUCUCUCAGCUUUUCAUGUUCAUCUUGGAAGUACUCAAAUUCAAUUCCAAGGCAGCCGAUGAUGACACUAUCGGCAAUCUUAUCGAUACUUUGCUCGACAUCUGCAUGAACACGAGUGUCGAGGAGGAUUUACGGGCUUGCAUAGAAGUAGUGAACGCCAUCAUCACUUACGGAUCCAUACCGAAGGAAAAAUUAGAUCGCUGCGUGGAGGUGAUAAGCUCCAUCCACUGUCUCGUAUCCAACCUGCAAAAGGACGCAUGGCAUACUCUCUCCAACCUUCUCAAAUCUCAUAAUGGCCAGGCCACGGUUCAGAUCCUCCUCAAUGUCCUGCGCAAUUAUCCGCGAGAGGGACAAAAUGAGAAAGAUGGCAAUAGAGAAGUACGAGGUGCUCUCUCAGUUCUCCAGAAGCUCGUAUGGAAGGGCGGCGCCAAAGGCUACCCUAUCCUUCCGUUUGCUCUUCUUAUGGAUGGCUUUACGAACGUUGUCACCAAGUCACCCUCUGCUCGAAUCGCCGCGUCUGUUCUGAGGCUGGUCAACUAUCUCUUCGACGAUGGAGACCGAAGGCUCAGUCCAUUACUUGCAGACGAGGACUGGACGGAUCUGUUCGAUGUGGCCGAGAAAUGCGCGAAACGAAUAGCUAUACCAACAUCUAAUAACGACGCUGACAGCCUUUUCCAAAGCUCUGUCCGUUCUGUCAUGAAGGAAGAGUCUGAAAAGAGCGAUGAUCCGAUCAAUAGAGAAUUAAAGACAUUGAUCUCUAGACUUGAGGAUAUAUUCCGCGAACGCCGUUCCGAUUUUAUCCAACGACAAGCAUGUAUCAAUUUCUUCACCAAAGUCCGUCAAGUUCUUCCAGACUCUGCCGCAACUCUAGUGUUGGAUUAUUUUGCGGAGUUCCGCUCGUGCUACCCUUCAGAUCUAGAAUGGGAAGACAACCUGUCUCUGAUAUUGGAUCAUUUCUAUUUGAACCGAAACCGAACUACGCUGGUGCGACUACGAGCUCUGCAGAGCGUCACCGAAGUAUAUGAUAUGCUUGAGCUCGUAGAAGAUCAGCUUGACAAAGAUUGUGUGCCGAAUUUGGUAAAGAGCAUUUUGGCCGACAUUGCCGAAGAAGAAGAUACUCUAGUCCUUCAAGAUACAGUGUCAUUCAUGGUCUCGGUAGCUACUUCAGCUGACGAUGAUCUCUUCGACUAUAUUGUCGAGACGCUCAGGGGCAUCAUCACCAAUGAGCGUCUUCAAUCACCAAUAUCUCCGCUGGUAAAUCAACCUUCCGAGUCAAUCAGAGCCUCCGAGCACCCUGGAUAUUUUGCAAACCAGAGUCCGGCCAAUGUCGUGGCGAGGGGUUACGUCCAGAUCUUCAUGCGGUCGAUGAACACUAAUGUCAGCAAAGCCGUGAAGGCUUUCAACGUGCUUAUUCACAUCGCCAGAUCGGCUCGUUCGAAUGAUGCUCGUCUGACAGCGAUGAAGAUGCUCUUUCGUCUCAGAGCCGAUUGGGCCAAUCGCAUUUAUCUGACACCAUUUACUGAAUCAGAAGGCUUAGCUGGCGUCUUAUAUCGGACGGAGGCAUCUUUAGCUCGUAAAUUGGCUGAUGAUGCAGCCCAUCCUCAAAGACAGUCAAGAAGUGAGCUGGUCGCAUCUCGUACAACACGAGGAAUAUCAUUCGGCCAGGGCCAGGGCUCAGGUCAGCAUCCAGAGAGAGUUCCACUAUCUCGUUCGACAAGCGGUGCUAAACCUGCAGCAUCUAAGUAUCAGCAGCUAUGGGCUUUACCGGAUCCGGACGCUCUUCCUGAGAUACCCUCGUCUAUUGCUAGCCCUGUUCUGUUUUCUCACAUGGACGAUGGAGAAGUCCCUGAGAAUGACGAGCAGGAAGCAGGCGCACUAAACAUGGCCGCCUGGCUUGAGGCUAUUCAGCACAACCUUUCUCAAGGGUGCGACUGGGAAGUAUACAGCUUCAACCUGGUCCAUCUACCUUCGCAACUGAGCAACCAUGCGCUAUUUAGAGACGCCAUCCCUCAGAUCCAGGAAAUCCGUCGGGUGCUCUGUGAACAGAUCAGGUUGAAUAUGUACCAGGAGCCUCCUACCUCUACCGGCUUGCGACGGCCGGAGGUUGGGAUCUGCAUCUUCCAAAUGCUAACGACGAUUAUGAGUUAUCAUGAGCAUUUCCCGAAGACCGAAGAGGACGAGCUAGUGAGAACGUUCAUGCAAGGCAUUGCGCAUCAAACUGCGAAGACUUGUAUUCACGCCUUGACCAUCUGUUGCCACGAGUUGCCACUGUCCGUGAGCAAGUCAUUGGUGCAGAUCCUACAGAAGAUGGCGACUAUCAUCACAGCGCCGUUCGUAGCCAUGCAUGUGUUAGAAUUCCUUGCGUGUCUCAGUCGUCUUCCCGGAAUAUAUAGCAACUUUAGAGACGAGGAGUUUCGAAUCGUUUUCGGCAUGUGCUUCCGAUACUUGGACACCGUCCGUGAAAAGAAACGUUAUGGGCGAAACAGCCACACUAGCGAGCCUUCCACACCAAGCAUCAUCACCGCUCACCAGUACGAUCAACUUGGUCAUCCUACUGCCGUUGAAGAUCUACCACAAUAUGUGUAUGCACUCGCAUAUCAUGUCAUCAUCUUCUGGUUCUUAGCACUGAGACUUCCUGAUCGCGCCAACCAUGUCGGCUGGAUUGCGAAGCGUCUGUUCCAGGAUGCUGACGGCGGAGCUACGUCUGACGAGCAGGCACAGACAACCAUCGACUUCAUGCAAAGAGUCACAUUUGCUGAUGCAGAUGAGUCUGCCGAAGAUCCCUUCUUCACAAAUGCCACAUUUGGCGAGAUUCUUGAGAAGCGUUGGGUCAUUGGCAAUAGUAUUGUCACCAUCAAACAAGCAGUUGGUGCCGGAUGGGCUCAAAUUACCAAGAGACAACCGUCUGGAACAUCUUGCUAUACUGUUCGUGAAAAUUUCCGGCCACCUCCGUCUCAUCAAACUGGAAUGCUGGCAGAGAGCAAGGAGCCUCAUUAUCUGCCACCUCACAGCACUCUCCCCAGCCAUCUUCUGGUGCAAUUGCUCUCUUCAAUUCCACAGAGUCAUGAUGUCGCCCUACGACCGAUCCCCCUUCCAGAUGAUGAAGCUGUCCAGCGGGCUCUCAGAUUAUUUGAUCGCACAUCAACCGUAGAUGGACACAAAGUUGGCGUCAUCUACAUAGGAGAGAAUCAAACCAAAGAGACCGAGAUUCUAGCCAACAUUUCUGGGAGCCGUGACUACGUGGAGUUCUUGAAUGGUCUGGGUACUCUGACGAAACUGAAGGGUGCUACCUUCAACACGCAAGGACUGGAUCGUGAGUAUGACAGCGAUGGACAGUACACGUUCUGCUGGCGUGAUAGAGUCACGGAGAUGGUAUUUCAUGUCACCACGCAAAUGCCAACAAAUCUAGAGCAUGAUCCCCAUUGCAUCAACAAGAAACGGCAUAUCGGCAAUGAUUUCGUCAACAUUAUAUUCAACGACUCGGGCCUGCCAUUCAAGUUUGACACCUUCCCGUCAGACUUCAACUAUGUCAAUAUUGUCAUCACACCAGAGUCGAGAGCGUCCUUCGUUGCUACCCGCGAAGCCGCACGCGAAGCUGAUGCAAAAGAAGGAGACAAGGAGAAAGCUACAGGUUUCGGGCCAUUCUUCAAGGUCCAGGUCAUGAGCAAGGAGGGCUUCCCAGAAAUCUCACCGGCAGCCGAGACGAAGAUGGUGAGCCUAAAGGCGCUGCCUGACUUUAUCCGGCUGGUCGCCCUGAACGCGUCUGUCUUCUCGCUUGUCUGGGCGAACCGCGAGGGCGGAGAGCACGUGUCCUCAUGGCGCAGUCGCCUUCGUGAGAUCAACCGCCUCCGCGAGCGACACGGACCCAAGUUGGCCCCCUCACCGUCGCCACCACCAACCUCCGUUGGCGGUUCUAUCGUGACCAGUGGCAGCGGCCCACAAUUGCAGACCUCGGCUGACAGCUCAAGACCAGCAAGUGGUGUUCGAGAUAGCUUCUCGAGCCUGCGGCGCUCUUCGGUUGCCACAUUCUUCACCACGACAAGUGACCAGACUUCUCACCGCUCGUCCAUGAUGUCAACGAACACGAAUGACACUGAGGUCAUGCAAAUCAACGGCUUGGAUUCGCUGGUAGACUCGCUCGACUUCUCAAAGUGGGCCUGA